CAUAUUUAACUUCCGGACUACUACGGAUUAUAAGAUAGGGUCUAGCGGCUUUGGGUGAAUUAUUGCAAAAUGAGUUGCAAUUACUUGUAUCGCUCCUUUUCGCAGAGUCUCCCUCACUUCAUUUCUUCUUCUUAUUAUACCCCAAUUGCUCCUUCCAUUGCCAGUCUUAAAUCUUUAUUUUACCCUUCCCGGCGGCGGCAAUUGCAUACAUUUGCCAUUUCAGCCGGCAAUAGGUUCACCUGGGACGACGUUUUUCUAGUACCUGAAUCUCCUCAUAAUGACCCUUCAGCCCUCUCGGCUUUUUUCGAUAAAAUCAAGCUCUGUAAUCGCGAUUUGGAGAAGCAAUGUGAGUUCAUGCCUUUCGUCAUUGAGGACCAAAUAAUCGGCUACAUUCACCAUGGGUUUGCUGAUUUUCUGAAGCCAUUUGACAAUGUAUUCAUUUUCCCACAAGAUAAUACCUUUGGUAGUCAUCUUGGAUGUCAUUGCACUUUACAUCCAAACCUGAGUACACCCAAUGAUCGAACUAAAGCUGUAGCCAAUGUCAUUAUGUCUUUGGGCGAACUAAUCCCCGGCAUAAGAAAUGAGUUAUAUCCAGUUUCUUCAGCUUUCGGGGAACCAAUAUUUUUCUCACUUGAACGGGCUGCUGCACCAUACUUUGGGAUAAAGAUCUUCAUGGUGGUAAGUGAUGGAGGUUUCUGGCAGUUAUCAUUUUUAUUUUGUCUGGAACAUCGAGAUAAGGCUUAUGGAGUUCAGAUGAAUGGCUAUCUUGAAAAAGAUGAACAGAAAUUUCUAUGGAUAGGAAAGAGAAGCGAACAAAAAUCUACCUAUCCUGGAAUGCUGGAUCAAUUAGCCGCUGGGGGAUUGCCACAUGAUAUUUCUUGUGGAGAAAAUCUUAUUAAGGAAUGUGAAGAGGAGGCAGGGAUACCAAGAUCUAUUUCUCUUAAAGCUAUACCAGUUGGAGCUGUGUCCUACACUGACAUAGAAGGGUAUAGGAUGAAGAGAGAUGUCCUCUUUUGUUAUGAUCUUAAGCUUCCUGAUGGCUUCAUUCCUCAUAAUGAGGAUGGGGAGGUAGAAAGCUUUCAAUUGGUCCCAGUCACACAAGUAGCAAAUAUCAUCCGAAAAACAUCAUUCUUCAAAGCAAACUGCAAUCUUGUCAUUAUUGAUUUCCUUAUCCGGCAUGGGCACAUCAGACCAGAAGAGUUUGGGUACCUAAGGCUACUGCAGAGUUUGAGAAGUGGGUAUUUCUCCUAAGUAUAAUCAGCUUCCCUUAUGCUUGGGGUUCUUUCCUUGUUUUGCCAUUUCUCAAAUGAGCACAUCUAUUUGUGGGUGACAAUGGACGGCCAAGUUGUAUAAUUGAUCUAGAGCACCCAUUCUUGAUUCUUGAAUAUUUUACAAGUAUAAAGCCCUUCUGUGGACUUGCUGCCU